CAUCUUCUGAAGUUGUCUCAUGAAUUUUAUUCAAUAAUGUCCUCCGGCGUUGUGGCUGGGUGUGGCUGGUGGGCUAAUCAAGCCUACAAAUUAAGGCUCAAAAUCUAAGCUCCGGAACAGCUUCUCCACGGGUGCGCCACAUAGCACUUUGAUAAUCACUCCACAACAAACCCCAAUACCGCAAUAUAACUUCCAAUUCCCGUCCUGGAGCUUCGCACACUAUUCCAUAGUACUCAUUCCUUCAUAUCGUCGUAAAGAGAAACAGAGUCGUCAUCAUGCUUACCGAGCGAGAAAUGCAAAUAAGCCCGAUUGUGCAAGAGUCUGUGAUGCACAAUACGAAGGUUCGUUAGUUAUUAUUUUAAAGCUCAAGGGAGGCACCUCUCUUUCUGGGGUAGCGGGGAGAGCGAAUUGCUCUGAAUAAGCUUGCCAAUAACUUACCAUUACUAUUCCAUCUCUUCCCAUCACACAGACGAAUCAGUUGAACUAAUCAUCAUCCCACAUAGACCCUCGCAACUCUCCACAAUCUCACAGCCUCCCUCUUUGGUAUCGCUGCGGGUAUCCUCGGUCUCGAAUCCUAUCCCGGAUUUCUAUUCUACAUCUUCUUCACGCUCCUCACCACUACCUUCGUAUAUCUCUUUCGCAUAGCUCCGCAUAUGAGUAAAGACACAAUGGGUAAUAGAUAUUUUAGAGGAGCGUGGGAGUUUUGGACCAGUGGGUUGGUAGAGGGGCUGAGUGGGUUUGUAUUGACUUGGACGUUAUUUUAUGGGUUGGUUAGGGCGUGACGAGGGACAAUUGGGAAAAGUGCAAAGGGAGUUUGGGCAUGGAUUUGGGAGAUAUUCGUGGAAUAUGCCGAGGUAGGGCAUCACUAUGAAGAAUAUUCGGACGUGGCAGGACAUCAUCUCGAAAAAUCCGUCGAUUUCCAUUCCCAGUCGUCCUCGACAUGAAAGCCUGUUGAAAAAUGCGGGGAUUGGAAAGGAUGAAUAGAUCACGAGCGCAAUCGAGAGGAAUUCGGGCAAAAACAGGAUUAGGAACAUAGAUAUGGUGAUGACAGGAAGGAAGACAGUGGAUUGCGCUUGGUGGAUUUAGACGCGGAUGGAUUUUCAUUAUUGCAGUAAUAUUCAGCUGGGCGUGGCGCUUGGGGUUGAACGCGAUGAAACCACGCAUCCUUGAUGUUUGCUUUUGGAAGGGCGGUUAUAUUUGUGUGUCCAAAUACUGCGCUGCUGCACAGAGUAAAGCUAAGGAAUAGCAAAUUCUCCUUUGCGGAUACAAAUUUGAGUUGAAACUUCUGCCGUAUGACAAUCGGGGCGAGUAUUCGUAAUACGGUAGAAAGAGCUAUUCUAUUAUUUCUUCUUUGAUGUUGAGCUGCAUGCCCAUUUCUUAUAUUGUCCCCGUCUAGGUACUCGCUAGUUGGCUCAGAUUUACCUCACAAAAGUAGUGGAUCGGAAGGCAAUUGUUGCUAUACAAUGCGGAGGAGUGGUAAAAUUCACCAAAUUACCAAAUUUAACAUAUGUUUGUUUAUGCUCAGCUCGUUUCCUUGAAUAUCAUGCCUUCAUACGAUUAGAAACUCUAUCGCUGUGUCUGUUGGAUAUCCUGUUAGCAAAG